GUCCAACCUCAUUAAACCCAAACCACGAACCAGCACCAACACAAACCCCGAACAGCCUCCCAAAGAAAACAAGAAAACAAUGCCACCCCCAACCCUCUCCUACGGCCUCAACAUCCCAACCAAAAACAAACCCAGCGCCGUAUCACUCAGCCAAAAGCGCAAGAAAACAAUCUUCGACUCGGACUCGGACACCGAAGAAGACAAAACCGGAGAAACUGAGAUCUCCACCCUUGGCGACCUAGAAGAGAAACCCAAGCCAAAACCAUCGACGAUCGAACCACCCACAAAGCGCAAGGUACCGUUCGGCGGAGCAGUGGGGAAGCCGAAUGUGAAGCCGUUGAGUAAGGGAUCUAUUUUCGCGGAUGAGGAGGAGGAGGACGAAGGGUUUAAAGGCGUUUCGUAUGGGUUGAAUACGGCGCCGUCGAAGAAGGGCGAUGGGGAGAAGAAGGAAUAUGUGAAUUUAGCUGCGAUGCAUAGUAGUAAGAAGCACGCGCGGGAAGCGGAGGAGCUUGACCCGUCGAUUUAUUCCUACGAUGCGGUGUAUGAGAGUUUGCAUGCGAAGCCAGGGAAGGAGAAGGCAGCGGAGAAUAAGGGGGAGGGGCCGCGGUAUAUGACAUCCUUGUUGCGGAGUGCGGAGGUGCGCAAGCGCGAUCAACUGCGUGCUCGGGAUCGAUUGUUGGCCAAGGAGCGGGAGGCUGAGGGCGAUGAGUUCGCUGAUAAGGAGAAGUUUGUGACGUCUGCGUAUAAGAAGCAGCAGGAGGAGUUGCGCAAGAUUGAAGAGGAGGAGGCCGAGCGGGAGAGGCAGGAGGAAGAGCGACGGAAACAGAACGGUGGUACUGGUAUGGUUGAUUUCUAUCGGGAUAUGCUGUCUCGGGGUGAACAGCAGCAUGAAGCUGUUAUGAAGGCCACGGAAGAGGCUGCUCGACGGGUGCAAGCUGGGGAAGCUCCAGGGGAACCAGAGGAGCCCAAAGAGAAGACAGAAGCGCAGAUGGCGGAGGAGCUCAAUGCGCACGGUGCCCAUGUUGCCGUCAAUGACGAAGGAAAUGUUGUCGACAAGCGGCAAUUGCUAUCCGCUGGUCUCAAUGUUGCGCCAAAGCCCAAGCAACAACAGCCCUCUGCGGCCACAGCUGGUACAGCAUCGCGCCCUUCGGCACCCCGGUCUCGGUUCCAAUCGGAACAACAGAACGCUCGUGCUGGCCAGCGUGCUCGCCAAACAGAGAUGAUCGCAGCACAGCUGGAAGAACAAGCACGACAGGAAGAAGCGGCCGAGGCAGCACGGCAGAAAGAAAUCGCAAUGCGCACUCGCAGCCAGAAGACCGAGGGGGAUGUCUCGAGCGCACGGGAGCGAUAUCUGGCGAGAAAAAGGGAACGAGAAGCCGCUGCAAAAGGGAAGGGUGCCUAAAUUCUCCUUUCUCCUUCUACUGUAUACUGUUUUAAGGGGUUACUAUUCGCGUAUCAUUUGGGAGUCUUAUGGGUACAUGGUUGCAUCAGAGGC